AUGUCUGAUCCGUUUGCACCGCGCACUAUGAAGCGCAAGAACGUCAAGGGCCUCGCCCUGACGCCAGCAGCGCCGCGCCCCUCGCCGACAGCCGAUACAAGUAGACGUGGCUCAGAAGUCGCUAAAGACGAAGCUGGCAAAGAGGAGCAGUUGGAAAUUGGCAUCGAGUAUAAGCUCGACUUGAGACCAGAGGAGCUCGAGGUGAUGAAAGAACUCGGCUCUGGCAACGGCGGAACUGUCAGCAAAGUCAAACAUUUGACGACAGGAACAGUCAUGGCCCGCAAGGUGAUACACGUGGAAGCCAAAAAGGAGAUGCGAAGACGAAUCGUUCGAGAGCUCCAGAUUAUGCAUGGAUGCCAUUCGGAUUAUAUUGUCACAUUUUAUGGCGCCUUUUUGAAUCACAACAACGAUGUGAUUAUGUGUAUGGAGUAUAUGGAUGUUGGUGCACUUGACAGAGUUUCAAGGGUCUUUGGCCCAAUCCGUGUGGAUGUAUUGGGAAAGAUUGCAGAGGCAACUUUGGGAGGCCUGACAUAUCUCUACGUUAAGCAUCAUAUCAUGCAUCGAGAUAUCAAGCCGUCAAACGUCCUCAUCAACUCUCGCGGUUCUAUCAAACUGUGUGAUUUCGGUGUGUCCGGUGAACUGGUUAACUCCAUUGCCGAUACCUUCGUUGGCACGUCGACAUACAUGGCACCCGAAAGAAUCCAAGGCGAAAAGUACACUGUCAAGUCAGACGUGUGGAGUUUUGGCCUGACCAUUAUGGAGCUUGCUAUUGGAAAAUUCCCUUUCAACACAAACGAGCACAUCGACGAGGAUGACUCGGGUCCAGCAGGAAUAUUAGAUCUGCUACAGCAGAUUGUCAACGAGCCGGCUCCAAAGCUCCCCAAAAGCGACGCUUUCCCCAGCAUCUUAGAGGACAUGAUUCAGAAGUGCCUGUUCAAGGAGCCGGAAAAGCGACCUACCCCACAGGAGUUAUUUGAACGAGAUCCUUUUGUUCAGGCUGCCAAGAGGACGCCGGUGGAUCUCAAGGCGUGGGCUUUCAGUCUCAUGGAGAAAGACAACCGCAAGUCUCAUCUUGUACCCCAGAUGUCCCCCAGCGGUACCCAGGAUCUGCUUCGAUCUAGCGACUCAUCGCCAAGGUCGCGCAAUAACGAGGAGCCAAAUGCUCCCCAGUACGGUGAAAUCCCGAUUGCCGGAGUCGGCAUCUUUUCACCGAAAGAUCGAGCGCCCGUUCAGGAUCGAUCACCAUCACGAAAUGGCGUAGCCGCCGGUCGACCUGCUCAUCCGGGCCUCGGACAGCGAGGAGCCACCACCAAUUCGAUUCCUCAGGCCUCUUCCAACACAUUUAACCUCCCAGUUCGGCCAGCGCCGCCAACGAGCGCCUUCGCGCCACAGGGAGCACCACAAAAGCCCGUGUCAGCAGACGAAGUGCGAAGUCAGAGUCGAAGGCAGCCCAAAUUUGGUCUACCCUCCAAUCCCAAUCCUUCAUAUGGCGUAUAG